AUGUUUCUAAGAAUUUAUAAAUUGUUUGCUAUAUUAAUUUUAUUAUAUGCCAUGAAUAAAUGGUUUAUUUUUAGUAAGAUAUUUCAACUGAAACAUAAAAAGAGUUUUCAUUUUUUAUUAUUUAAAAAUAAGCAUAAUUAUUCAAUUAAAAAAAAUUUUUUUUUAAUAAAAAAAAAAUUUAGUAAAUAUAAAAAUUACGCAGAAAAUGAUACUAUAUUUAAAUAUACCAAAUACGAUAAAAAUGAUGAUUUCUAUAUUGAAAUUUUAGAAAAAAAAGCAAACGAAAUUAAGAAUACUAAAAACAGUUUUAAUAAUAAAAUUAAAAAAAUUAAAAAUGAAGGAUGGUAUCAACCGUUAGAUUACACCACUUUAUACUUAUUGUCGUUUGAAUUGAAUGUAUUAUUACAAGACUCCUUUGUUGAACAUAUAACUCAAGUAGAUGAUAAAACCAUAGUUUUGCAUCUGAAUAAAAACGAAAAGGAAUAUUAUUUAUACUUAUGUUAUGAUAAAAAUAACCCAGUUAUAUCUCUUGGUUUAAAAAUAAAAAAGCUAUUUAACAGAUUUAUAGAUGAUGAUUAUGCACAAAAACUAAAUCCUGUUUUAAAAUAUUCCGUUAUUUCCAAUAUAUACAUGAAAAAAUCCUUUAUAAAAAUAUUAUGUAUAGAUUUCAUAUUAAAAAGGAAAUGUGAAGAAGAUAUUGAUAUUGAAGAUAUUUUAUGUAACUCUGAAGGUAAUAGAAAAGUAACAUUAUUGUUUGAUUUACAUCAUAAUUCAUGUAUCUCUUUUGUUAUUAACAAAAGUACUAAUGAAAUUUUGGUUUCUCCUUAUAAUUAUAUAACUGAAAAAACAAUCGAUAAAUCUUUUAAGGAAGGGCAUAUUUACAUUUUCCCAGAAAAAAAUGAAUGCAAAAUAAUACCUAAUCAUUAUGAAUUUUUCUCAUCUUUUCUAAAUAAUUUUAAGUCAAGAAAAGAUCAAAAUUUGAUUUCAUCUUUAAUGGACAUAUAUGAAGGAUUGAGUUUUAAUGUUCUGUUAAAAUUUUUUGAUUAUUUAAAUAUUCCUUCUGAUUUAACAUUUUCUCAAAUUGAUCAAAGUUUGCUUCUAGACUUUUUUAACAAAGCUUAUAUUAAAUGGUUAAGGUUCUUAAAUUUAAAAGAAAAAAAUAACAAUUUCAUUUUUUGUCCUCAUUAUGAUUAUAAAUUAAAUACCCAUUCUCCUUUGAAAUUUAUAAAAACGAAAAAUUACAUUAUCCCCGUUGUUCCUGAAAAAAAUUCACAAGAAGAUGAUAUACCCAAUAAUUCUUUAAUGGUAAAAUAUGAUGGCAUGAAUAAGAUAGAAAAUAAUGAAAUUAAUCAAAAAAAUAAGGACAUUCUGAAAGAGGAUUUAAAUACUAAAACAUUGAAAAAUGAACAUAAUCAAAUAAAAACAAACGAUGAUAAUAAAAUAAAUGAUAAAGAAAUACAGUUUGAAACAGUCAUAGAAAUGGUCUAUUAUUAUUACGCAAGUGUGUUUUCUGUAAAUAAUUUUUAUACCACUUUAAAAUAUUGCAAAGAUUUUAUUAGAAAAAAGUUACCAUUAUAUGAUGAAAUGCUUAAUCAAUAUAAAAAUGAUAAAGAAGUAUGUGAAAAGAUGUAUUUACUGCGUGAAAACAUAGAUAAAUUGAGUGUUUUUAAUCAUACUAUAUCAAAAAUGGAUGAAUGGAUAGAUAAAAAAACCUUUGAUGCCCUAAAAUUAAUAGAAAAUGAAUUAAAAUUCAAUGCAUUAGAAGAUAAUAGAAAGAAAUAUGUAAAAAAACUUCAUGAAAAAAAACAGAAAGAAGAAAUAUUACAAAAGAAAAUACUAAAUGUCAAACCAAAUAAUAUUAAAACUCCUCAAAAUAUUUAUAAAGGAUCUCUACUAAUUAAAAUUAAUGAAACUGAUUUAUCAUCUCCUUUUUUAAUAAUAGGAAGAAAUAGCAAACAAAAUGAAAAAAUAUCUACACAAAUUUUGAAAUUUAACGAUUUAUGGUUUCAUGUUCAUGAACACCCAGGUGGUCAUGUAAUUUUGCGAAAUAAAAAAAUUAAUGAUAAAAUUAUUACAGCAGAUAUAAAUUUAAGUGAUAUAAAAAUUGAUGAUGAUUUAAAAUAUGCUGCAAAUAUGGCUGCAUAUUUUUCAAAAGCAAGAAAAAUGGAAAAAACUUUAGUUUGCUUUACUUUAGGAAAAUAUGUUUUAAAAGAUAAUACACUGAGUGAAGGAGCGGUUGAAGUUUUAAAAUAUAAAUUAAUAUAUGGAAGACCAGGUAAAGUUGCAAGUAUUAUAAAAGAUCUCAAUGAAAGAAAUAAAGAAAUUGAACUUUCUAAAAAAAAAAAAUGA